AUGCUCUCAUGUCUCGUUGCUCACGCCUCAAGCUUACCUUCCCCUAUUCACAACUUCCUCAGGACAAGAUCACCAGGCUUCGAGUGGACCGCCUGGGGCGACUCCUACGCCUCAGGCGUCGGUGCCGGGGAGUACAUCGAUGGAAGACGAUGUCUUCGCUACAACGGUGCCUACCCUGUCGAAAUAUCAGUCGACACGAACAAUCUCCUCGCCACAACUGGGGGCGGUGUUUUCAACAACGUAGUCUGCUCCGGAGCCAAGGUGGAAGAUGUCGAGGCGUACCAGUUCUUCCCAGAAGAAGCAGGCGCGGAACCUGACUGGCAGUACUACCCACGGCCGGCCAGUGGUAGGCCUAGCAUGGGGACCCUUACUAUUGGAGGGGAUGAUGUUGACUUCCCGGGUCUGCUGUAUAGCUGCAUCAUGGAGAGCUUCCCGUUUCCCCUGAGCGUCGGGUUCGAGGAUCGGACCUGUGACCAGCAGCGGGCUCUGUCGUGGUCUUUGCUGAGCGAGGACGGCGAUCAUAUCACUCCCAACAAGACUCUCGUCACGAAGCUGGACGGGCUGAUCAAGACAAUCGUCGCAUUUGGUCGAGAUGCUAGCGGCGAUAACUUCAGGCUCUAUGUGACUGGCUACGCUCAGUUCUUCAACGAUACGGAUCCGGGAUGCGAUAAUGUGACAUUUGCAAGGACAGCCAGCCCCGACGACGAUGGAGAACCGCACAUUAUGGUAACGACGGCUUUACGGCAAGACUUUAAUGCUAUGAGUCGGAUAUUGAAUCUCGCCAUUCAGCAAGCCGUGGCAAUGGACAGCGAGGCAAACGUCAAAUACAUCGAUAUCGACGGCUUUCUGUACGGUCAUCGAUUUUGCGAACCCGGAAUCCAGGAGCCCGAUCAGAAAAAUCCCAACCUAUGGUUCUAUCACUACCCCUACGACCAGAACGACGCAGAGGCGAACGACCCAGCUAUGCAGCACCUGAACACCAUCGUAAACAAACACGCCGAAUCCAUCGUCUUCGACCCCAACACAACCCUCUGGACCGAUCAUCUCAACGCCGUGUGGUCCACGAUCGACGAACACGCGGUCAACAAGGCCGCAGCGCUGUACGUGCAAGAGUUUCCGUCUGGCAAUGGUACUAGUGAGAAGUACGAUUUUUGGGGCGAUAGCAUCGGCUGGCGUGGCAAGGUCUUCCAUCCGACGAAGGAGUUCCAUCUGGUGAUCUAUGGAGCGAUUAUUGAGCAGUAUUUGAAAGAUACGAGUGCUUGGCCGGCGGUCCUUGAAUAG